AGGAUGACUUCCUUCAGCAGAACGGAUAUAGUGACUACGACCAGUUCUGUCCUCUUUGGAAGACGGAGUAUAUGAUGAAGGCAUUCAUGGGCUACCACGAUGAAGCACAGAAGGCGAUCGCCCAAGGCCAGAGCUGGCCCAAGGUUCGUGACGCCACCACCGACAUUCAAACCUCCUUGCGAAACAUGAAAUUUGAAGUUCCGGAUAACCAGGAGGAGGUGUCUGCGAAGUAUGAGAAAAUUCUGCAGACCAUGUCUGAGCGGUUUGCCUCUGUGUCGGAUGAGUAGAGAGAUAACGUAGAGCGCUAUUAUACCUGAACGAUGUUCUUUUUCCAUUGAUUUCCAGUUUAUCGUCGGGAGCUUGUAGCAUAGCAGCUUUCUGUAGUUAUCUAUCUGCCAUACUAUAUAUUAUACACGCU